GAGCUCCCGGCUCCGUGCCCCCCCUCGCCCCGGCGCCCUGCUGGGGCUGAGGAUGGCAUCAAUGCUGAGGCUGCUGCUGCUGCCACCGCUUCUCCUGCUGGGGUCACCUCCAUCCAGCGAGGGAUCCCACAGGGCCGAACCCAUGUUCACCGCCGUCACCAAUUCUGUCUUGCCUCCGGACUAUGAGAGCAACCCCACCCAGCUCAAUUACGGCGUGGCUGUCACCGACGUGGACCAUGAUGGGGACUUCGAGAUCGUGGUGGCAGGGUACAAUGGCCCCAACCUGGUCCUGAAGUACGACCGGGCGCAGCGUCGCCUGGUGAACAUUGCGGUGGAUGAGCGUGGCUCCCCUUACUACGCGCUGCGCGACCGUCAGGGCAACGCCAUCGGGGUCACUGCCUGCGACAUUGAUGGGGACGGGCGGGAGGAGAUCUACUUCCUCAACACCAACAAUGCCUUCUCAGGAGUCGCCACGUACACCGACAAACUGUUCAAGUUCCGCAAUCACCGCUGGGAAGACAUCCUGAGCGAUGAGGUCAACGUCCGCCGGGGUGUGGCCAGUCGCUUCGCUGGACGCUCCGUGGCCUGCGUGGACAGGACGGGCUCCGGUCGUUACUCCAUCUACAUCGCCAACUACGCCAAUGGCAACGUGGGCCCUGAUGCCCUCAUCGAGAUGGAUCCAGAGGCCAGUGACCUCACCCGGGGCAUCCUGGCACUCAACGAUGUAGCAGCUGAAGCCGGGGUCAAUAAAUACACGGGAGGUCGUGGAGUCAGCGUGGGCCCCAUCCUCAGCGACAGCGCUUCGGAUAUCUUCUGUGACAAUGAAAACGGCCCCAAUUUCCUCUUCCGCAACCGGGGGGAUGGCACCUUCGUCGAUGUGGCUGCUAGUGUCGGGGUAGAUGACCCUCACCAGCAUGGAAGAGGGGUGGCACUGGCCGACUUUAACCGCGACGGGAAAGUGGACAUCGUCUAUGGCAACUGGAAUGGGCCACAUCGCCUCUUCCUGCAGAUGAGCAGCCACGGGAAAGCCCGCUUCCGGGACAUCGCCACCCCCAAAUUCUCCAUGCCCUCUCCAGUCCGCACCGUCAUUGCAGCCGACUUCGAUAACGACCAAGAGCUGGAGGUUUUCUUCAACAACAUUGCCUCCCGGGGUUCUUCCAUCAACCGCCUCUUCCGGGUCAUCCGCCGGGAACAUGCAGACCCCCUCAUCGAAGAGCUCAAUCCCGGGGAUGCCCUGGAGCCCGAGGGCCGGGGUACAGGGGGUGUGGUGACAGACUUUGAUGGAGAUGGGGUGCUGGACCUGAUCCUAUCCCACGGGGAGUCCAUGGCGCAGCCUCUGUCGGUCUUCAGAGGGAACCAGGGCUUCAAAAACAACUGGCUGCGAGUGGUGCCGCGAACCCGCUUCGGAGCCUUCGCCCGAGGGGCCAAGGUGGUGCUCUUCACGAGGAGGAGUGGCGCGCAACUGAGAGUGAUCGACGGUGGCUCGGGCUACCUGUGUGAGAUGGAGCCCGUGGCGCACUUCGGCCUGGGGCAGGACGAGGCCAGCAGUGUGGAGGUGACAUGGCCCGACGGCAGGGUUGUGAGCCGUGCAGUGGCCAAGAACGAGAGGAACUCAGUGCUGGAGAUCCCCUACCCGCCAGAAGAGGAUGAGCUCCCCCAGCCCGUCACCCUGGAGUGUGGCCAGGGAUUCGCCCAGCAAGAAAAUGGACGCUGCAGGGACAGCGAUGAGUGUAUCCAGUUCCCCUUCGUGUGCCCCAGGGACAAGCCAGUGUGUAUCAACACCUACGGGAGCUACCGUUGCCGUGCCAACAAGAGGUGCAGUCGGGGUUACGAGCCCAACGAGGAUGGCACUGCCUGUGUGGCUCAAGUGGCCUUUUUGGGUGGAUAUCCCUCUGCCGCCAUUAGAAUCUCUGAGUUUCUCUCUCAAGCCUCCUAUUUUUUUUUAGGCCUUGGACUUUGCCUUCAGUUAUAUGCACUUUAAAUCCCGACAAUAAAGAAAAACUAACAACCUUUGUGGAAACUGAAUCUCUCUCCCUCUGCCUGUUUCUCUCACUCUCCACAUCCAGUAGCUGCAAUGGCCCCUCAGAGUUACUGACUGAACAGCCGGGCGGCCAUCUUUGGAAAGGGAAAGAGAAGCUUGGAAGUCGAUGAUAUUUUCGUAAACAGAGUUGUUUGUGAAUUCUUUCUUUGCAUGUUUUCUGAGAAAACAGAACGAGGACUCCUCUCCACCCCUCCCCCAGAUCCCAAGGCGGCCCUAGUUUAUCUGUAUUGGUCAGUGUUGUCAACUUUCUCUUUUUCCGUACGAUUUUUUGCCCUUAACAAAGAUGGUGGCUCCCAGGUGGCGGCUUGCUCAAUUGACUUGAUGAUGUACCAUGGUCCUGCUGGUUUGGCCUGUGCUGUUUCUGCCUGACCCCGUACUUCAGGUGUUUGGGAUUGUCUUGGUGGGGAGGGGAGAAUUCUUUGGACUUCUUGAUUUUUAAAGUGUUAAAGUUUUAACCUGCUAAGUCUUCCAGCCCCUUCUUCAGAGAAAUGAUGCCAAUAAACUAUAUCCUGUACAUUA